AUGAUGAUCGAUAAUGAGAGUGACGAUGAAUAUGAUGAUAUACCGAUCCAAUGUCCAAAACAUGCAUUCUCUACAUGGCAAAAAUUCAACAUCAAGAAGAUAGUUGUGUUUUCCGUUGUUGUUGUAGCCCUAGUGCAUGCAAUUGUGCCGAUCUCAGCCAUUGAAGAAGGUGAACCCAAACAACUUUGGGAUCAAUGUCUCACCAAAAUGACUCCGAAGUGUACAUUAGACAUUGUCGAAAGUGUCUUUUGGAAUGGUACUGUCUCCGAUGUUUGUUGUCAUGAGCUUGUCCAAGAAGGCAAAUUGUGUCAUGACACACUUAUCAAAUACAUGGCGGAUCGACCGAGUUUCAUUGCUCGCGAAACUGAAUAUUUGAAGAGGAGAGAUGAUGUUUGGAACCAUUGUGCUUCCAUCUCUACUUCUGCUUAG